CUCUUCUCAGUGGUGCCCAGUGACAGGACAAGGGGCAACGGGCACAAACUGGGACACAGGAAGUUCCAUCUGCAUAUGAGGAAAAACUUCUUUACUCUGAGGGUGACCGAGCCGUGGGACAGGCUGCCCAGAGAGGUUGUGGAGUCUCCUUCUCUGGAGAGAUCCAAAACCCACCUGGACGCAAUUCUGUGCAACCUGCUCCAGGUGAUCUUGCUCUAGCAGGGGGGUUGGACUAGAUGAUCUCCAGAGGUCCCUUUCAACCCCUACCAAUCUGUGAAUCAUGGGCCUGAGAGAGCACGGACAGACGUUAGCUGGACAACGGACACAGAGGAAGGAGCCGUGGCCUGGGCCCCGUAUGAUCACCAGGCACUGGCACAGGGGCGGUGGCGGCCCCGUCACAGAGGGCCAGCAGGUCAGUGGGUGACACGUCCCCAUGAUCAGCAGCGCACGGUGGCCGUGUCACAGCAGGUUGCAGGUUGAUGGUGGCCGUGUCACAAUGGGCAGCAUAGUCAGCAGUGGCCGCGUCACCAUGAUGUCACACUGAGUCUGUGACACGGUCGCACAGGGGUAUAAAAGGGGCUGCAGGGCGGUGGGUCCCACACCCUGGAGAAGUGUCCAUAGGACGAACAGGGAUGAGCUCCCACAUGGCUGUUGCCACUAAGGAGCGACCUGCCCACAUGAGGCAGAUCAAAAUGGACUUCUGGGAUGGCAUGGAGCACACCUUCAUGAUGUCCAGCAUCAGUGCCAAAGUGCGAACAGCCAUCUGGGAUGCGGUGGCCGAAUACAUCCAAGAACAACUGCUGCUGCGGAAGGGGGUCCGAAUUCCCUCCGUUGGCUCCUUUGACGUGGUCCCCACAUGCAUCCAGGCUGGGGAUGAGGUGGUGAUUGUCCAGAGGCCCGUGUUUCGGCUGGCCAGGAACCUCGUGGUUGUCCACAGCCUCAGGGACAACAAAGACUACCUGCCCGGCCAUAAGGAGCUGGAGCCCCUGAAAUAUGCCAGGGUGGCCAAAGCUGCUUCUGUGUCCCGGCAGAAAGUGGAGAACUGCAUUCAAGGCACCAUGUCCCUCCUCUCUCACUGCCUGGAAAAGGGGGAGAACGUUGCCCUUGUCCUGAGGGACGUGGGCGUGCUCCUCAUCGAAGGCACGAGGGUACAAAUGAAGUUCUACCUCAGCUUCUUGGAGAGGAUGUCUGGGAAGGAGAACUAUGAGAAAGCUACUUUUAAGGUGAGCAUUUUGGCUUCUCCACGGCCCAGGUGGUUUGCACAGCGGUGCCCCAGCACUGCUUGUGAGUGGCCCACCAGAACUUGGUCAGCCACGCAGGCCAGGUGA